GCAUUUGGCAAAAAGCAACGCUCCAGAUCCGGACCUGCGCAGUAGAGUAUCAAUCCACUACUUGCCAGAAUGCCAUGUCGUGAUACGCCAGCCAUGUUUCAAGUUUCCAUUCCCAGCAAAUGGGAUCUCUUGACGUGUUAAAUGUACUGACAUAUCUAAGCCAGAAAUUGAUAACCAAGCCUGGACACGCUACUGUACCGCCCACGGCGCAAGGGACUCGGACCCACUUCCAGCCUAUCUGGGAAGCUGAUGAGGACGACAUCUGGAAUCCUGCUAGCACCUUUCUUUUUACAACCACCUUCUUUUACCUCUGUCAUGAUCUUGCUACUAUCACUCUAUUAUACACGCAAGAUUGAAGUGUAGAAAGCGGUGCUUCGCACAAUCUGACCAGGCGCAUUCCCAAUUCUUGCGACACAGACACGCGACCUAAGGAUCCAGGAACCGCCCGAUAAGCUUACACGAGUGACGGGUACAACCAUGAACGGCGACAGUGAGACUGCGGACACCGCUCGGGGAGGAGAUAAUGGCGAUACGGGAAGGGAUAUUUGGGGCGCAAAGAACUCGUUGAGGAGACAUGCUGGCUUGGACAAGAAGAUACAGAGGGACAGCGAGGUUACCCCACUGCUGGCAAGUGGGAGCAGUGCUUCGGACAGCACAAAUAAUGGACGUGAAGAUGGAGAAGAUGCGCCGCAGUGGGAGGGUGAAGCAGAUUUCGAGGGAUUGAAUUGGAGGCAUAAACCAUCUAUGUACUGGCUGUUGCCCCCAUUCUUCUUCUUUGCUACCGCAGUAGGUGGGAUUAUGGUCCCGAAGUUGAAUCUCCUCCUCUCGCUGGUAUGCCGGGAAUACUUUCUCGAAAAGUCUGCUUCGGAUCCGAAUUCUAUCAUCAUGCCGGUGAUAUUGGGCUCCAGCAAUCCACAAUGUCGCAUCCCCGCGGUCCAAGCAUUGGCUACAACAUUCACGCUUUAUAUUACAGUGACUACGGGGAUCAUAAGUGCCGUAAUGUCUCCAAAGAUUGGGUCUUGGUCUGAUCGCUACGGACGGCUGAAGCUCCUCACACUUACCAGCGCGGGUGCUUUGAUUGGAGAGGUCAUUACCAUUAUCGUGGCAACUUAUCCGGAUCGAUUCAGCUACAAGUGGGUGCUGGUUGGCGCUGUAUUUGAUGGACUAUGUGGUUCUUUCACAACUGGAAUGGCUCUUACGCACGCCUAUGCUGCAGACUGUACUCCACCACCAAAGCGAGCUGUGGCUUUUGGAUACUUUCAUGCUUGUCUCUUCGCAGGAAUCGCAAUCGGACCUCUCAUUGCCGCCCUCCUGGUCAAGUUGACCGACUCCAUCAUCACGCCUUUCUACUUUGCGCUCUCGAUCCACGCAUUCUUCAUUACCUUCAUCCUCCUGGUCGUACCCGAAUCACUGACCAAGAAACGUCAAGAACGAGCCCAGGCGAGAUAUUUGCUGGAGGCCGGUAGUGUCGACCCGGACGGACAUGUCAUCAACCCCAUCAAUGUAGGAAACGGCCAACUCGGACUUUCCGCCCUCGCAAGAAGAGCCAACAUCCUCGAACCUCUCAAGAUUCUCUGGCCAACAGGCCCAGGCACCUCCAACAAGCUCCGUGCAAAUCUCAUCCUACUCUCCGUAGUCGACACCAUCGUGUUCGGUGUAGCAAUGGGAGCCCUCACAGUAGUCGUGUACUACGUCAACUUACAAUUCGGCUGGGAAACACCCGAAACCAGCGUUUUCAGCUCCGUCGUCAACAUCUGCCGCGUCUCCGCCCUCGUCAUCAUCCUCCCCUCUCUCAACUAUCUCGUGCGCACCCGCCGGGCCAACCGCGAGCGCAGAGAGUCUGGAUUUGCUGUCCCGCAGCCGAAUACAGGGUCUGAUUGGCUUGAUCUGGCUAUCGUCCGUGUAGCUGUGGUCUGUGAAAUCAUUGGCUUUGCUGGGUACGCUGCUGCGCGAACGCCGGCGCUGUUUGUGCUUUCUGGUAUCAUUGCGUCGCUGGGAGGUGUUGGGAGUCCGACAUUGCAGUCUGCGCUUACGAAACAUGUGCCUCAUGAUAGAAUCGGACAGCUGCUUGGUGCCACGGGCUUGUUACAUGCUCUGGCGAGAGUGGUGUGUCCGCUGAUUUUCAGCUCGAUUUAUGCGGGUACCGUGGGCUCGUUUCCACAGGCUGUCUUCGUGGUGUUGACGGGUUGUUUUGUGGCCGCUUCGGUGUGCAGUUGGUUUAUUCGACCGAACGUCUACCUCGAAGACCCCGUAACAAUCAAUACACAACCACACCGCGCAGACAUCGACCCUGACGUUCUCGUCGACGAAGAGAUAACCGCUAUCUAAUGCCCCUGUCUCUCUUGCUUAUAUCUCAAAUCGAGAGUCCCACAGUCAGAACCCACUAAUUUAUUACAGAAUGCCAGUCGCUGCCUGGUGAAUUUCAUUGUCUACGAAGUACAGAGCAUUGAUCGCUCAUACAUCAGGUUGAGCCUCUGCUCAUAUUUCCUUGUCUCUGCACGUUUUGGGUUUUGGAGUUUGGCGAUUUUGGGGACUCUCGAUACACACGCAUGCCUAGGUAGGGAAUUGGAAUUAGGGAUUAGAUUAUAGAUUUCGAGCUUUGUCUUGGGCAUUAUCGCAGCUGGAUAGUCUGAAUUGGAUUGGAAUGGAAUGGAGCAUAGUGGAGCAGAAUGACUGAUAUGGAGUCGAGUGGAGUACGUGCUAGUGGAGCCGAGUGUAUAUGCUGUAUAUGAGAACCUUCUGUCUAUAUGAUGAGUGAGUCUAUG